AUGGCCUUCUCCAAGAUUACACUUGCUCUCUUCAUGAUCUAUCUUGUCAACCUCCUCUCUUCUUCCGGACCAUCUCCACUAUCCGCAUUCGCCAGACGCACACAUUCACAAUCUACUGCACCAUUAGCCGUCCAAGUCUGCUCAAACACCUCCGACUUCCGAUUCUGCAUGCGGACCCUCUACGCUGACCGGCGGGCCCACAAGGCCGACCGGGUCGUAAUCGCCUACAUAGCCUUCAGCACCGCAUUCAAUAGAGCCAAUGCCACCAUAGACCUUAUCCGGGCCAGAAUCAGCAGUGGUGCCAACGUGAAGCCAGAGGUCCUGGCGGGCUUGAUGGGCUGCCGGGGAAACUACACUGAAGCGGGCCAGGCCAUGAUGGAGGCCCUCGGCAACUUGGACUCGGAUACGUAUUACGGUUUCGACAGGCUGGCGGGAAAGGCAGACAGCGGGGCAAAGGCGUGCGAGGGUGGGUUUGGACCGAAACCGUCACCCAUGGCGAAGGAGAAUGGGGACAUGAUGAAGCUUGCCAACAUUUGUUCAGUUGUGGCUAAUCUUUUUUCCUAUUCGGAUUAA